GUGCCGUACACGUGGCACAACAAGCUCGAUUAUCUCUUCCCCGCCUACAUCUAAGCUCUAGGGUUUCAUCAUUCGAAGAAACGCCGAAUCUUCACCAGCUCAUAAUUCCUGAAAAAGAAAAAGAAAGGAGAAGUUAAUUGUUAGUCAUUAUUGAGAUCUGAUUGUUUAUAAGAAAUGGAGAAGGAGCUAAUCGAGCUGUUCGAUGCGGUAAAGCGAGCGGCUGAUGCUGCCGCUGUUGACGGCGGUGCAGAUGAGAGUAGAUGCCUUGACGCGUUGAAGCGCCUCAAGAAAUUCCCUGUUAAUUAUCAAGUCCUCGUCUCUACACAGGUGGGCAAACGCCUCCGAAUAUUGACAAAACAUCCGAGGGAGAAGAUCCAGGCGUUGGCUUCUGAUGUAGUGAAGAACUGGAAGACUAUAAUUGUGAGAGAGACAAUGAAAAAUAAGAACAGCAAUGAAGUAAAUGGGGAAUCUGUAAAAGCUGAAUGUGCUGGCGAUGAUGGUGGUGAAGGGAAUAAAUUUCAGCAUGUGAACUCGGUGAAGGUUGAAAAGGUGUCAAGGGUUGAGAAUGUGAAGGUUGAGAGGUCAAGUUUUGAGAGGUCAAGUAAGUCUCUGACUCCAAAAUCUGAGAGAGCAGUGACUUCAGAAAGUUCCUUCACCGGCAUACAGUCUGAGAAUGCUACUGUUUUGAAGACUGAGAGUACAACUUCCAAAAGUGUAAAGAUUGAGAAGAAACCCAAGGAUGAGAAAUUGAGCUCUAAUGUGGCAAGUGCUGCCCCACCAAAGCUGUCUGCUCUCGUUUAUUGUAAGGAUUCUGUGAGAGACAAAGUUCGGGAGCUCCUUGCUGAGGCUCUUUGCAAAGUCUCAAGUGAAGUUGAUGACGAUUUGAGGGAUGCUGUGAAUGCCUGUGAUCCUUAUAGAGUUGCAGUUCAGGUUGAGACUGCAAUGUUUGAGAAGUGGGGUAGAUCUAGUGGUGCCCAGAAGUUUAAGUAUAGGUCAAUAAUGUUUAACAUCAAGGAUCCAAACAAUCCAGAUUUCAGGAGGAAAGUCCUUAUAGGACAGUAUCCACCUCGUAGUAUUAUUGAAUUGAGCCCAGAAGAUAUGGCAAGUGAUGAAAGGCAAAAGGAGAAUAAGAAGAUUAAAGAAAAAGCAUUAUUUAAUAGCGAGCUUGGAGGUCCUCCGAAGGCCAGUACUGAUAAGUUUAAGUGUGGUAGGUGCGGGAAAAAUCAAACCACUUACUACCAGAUGCAAACUCGGAGUGCUGAUGAACCGAUGACCACAUAUGUCACAUGUGUAAACUGCGAUAAUCGCUGGAAAUUCUGUUAAGCUUGAUCUAGUUAGCAUUUGUAACUCAGUGGUAUCACAUGAUGAACUUCAUAGGUCCUUUCGCAACUAUGAUGUAGUUUGUAGGUUAUUUUUUAAUUGCCUUAUUUGAGGCGGUCUCUGAUAUGCAUGGUACGAUCGCCCAAGCUAUUUUAUUGUACGGGAUAUUGUGACACUGAACUGUCUUUUUCUUUUCUGAGUCAAAAUUGUAGCACAAGUUUAUUACCAGCCCUUUUUUGUCUAUCUAUGCUUGAUCAGAGA